AUGGUUUUCAGAAAGGAGGACAAGUUCCCCGAGUUCGAGGAUCCACGGGCAUUCGACAAAGAGGACUGUCUUUCGUGCAGGGUUCUAGGUAUUGCCCUCCACAAAUUCCCCUUUCCCCUAUCACUUCAGAGAGCUAACUCCUUCUCGCUCGCUGGUAAAGGCUCAACGGCGUUCGUGGCCCUGGGUGGCUACACUUACUUUUCGGGCAUGCAACAACUUCGCGCACGGCAGAAGGCUAUCGAACUCAGCAAGUCCAAGUACAAAUACGGCUCACGCCAACUGGGCAUCCUGUCGCUGUCCGCCACGCUGGUGGGCUUGGGGAUUUAUCGCAUGUUUAUUUAG